UUAUACCACUAAACUCAUAAGACUACACCUCUUUCUUCGUCGUCUUCAUCGCUGGAAGAAAGACUGAGAGAGAGAGAGAUAAUUUUCGAACACUCAAUUCAGCUAUGGCGGCACUACAAUAUUUGGAAUCGCUAAGCAAUGACCAUCCUGAGCUUUCUGAUUGGUACACCACGCUUGCAGAUCUGUACCAACGCAAGCUCUGGCACCAGCUAUCUCUCAAGCUCGAACAGUUCGUCGCUCUCGCUGUUUUUCAGGCUGGUGACACACUGAUACAGCUAUAUCACAAUUUCAUCACUGAUUUUGAGACAAAGAUCAAUCUUCUGAAGCUUGCACAUUUCGCUGUAAUCGUCUCUCGGCAAUACUCUGAGAAAGAUGCUGCAAUAGGUUACCUGGAAGGAGUAGCUGAGAAGCUCCAAAAUACUAAAGAGACACGGAUAGAGGAACCGAUACUUUAUAUUAAGUUGCAGAUUGCUCAAUUUAAGCUUGAACAAGGGGAUCAAAAAGAGUGCAAGAAGCUUCUAGAACAGGGGAAUGCUACACUUGACAGCAUGACCGAUGUUGACCCCUCUGUUUAUGCUAGUUACUAUUGGGUUUCAUCUCAGUAUCAUAAAACGCGGCAGGAGUUUGCAGAGUUUUACAAAAGUGCUCUCCUCUAUCUUGCAUACAUUUCAGUGGAUUCUCUUUCGGAGUCAUUCAAGCUGGAUUUGGCGUUUGAUUUAUCCUUGUCAGCAUUACUGGGAGACAACAUAUACAAUUUCGGGGAGCUGCUUGCUCAUCCAAUUAUAAAGAUUUUGGUAGGGACACAAGUUGAAUGGCUGUAUCAUAUUCUUGAAGCAUUCAACACUGGUGAUUUAGUUCGUUAUCAAGAGUUGUGCCGUGUCCAUCAAGCUGCUUUUAGUGCUCAACCAGCAUUGUUGCAGAACGAGAAAAAGCUUCUCGAGAAGAUCAACAUUCUGUGCUUGAUGGAAAUCAUCUUCAGUCGCCCAGCAGAGGAUAGAACAAUUCCAUUGAGUGCCAUUGCAGAGCGCACUAAGCUUAGCGUGGAAGAUGUAGAACAUCUCUUAAUGAAGAGUCUCUCUGUGCAUCUGAUUGAGGGAAUAGUCGAUCAAGUGGAAGGGACUGUUCACGUUUCCUGGGUUCAACCAAGAGUUUUGGGUAUUCCUCAGAUCAAAUCAUUGCGUGAUCGGCUAGACAAUUGGGUGGAUAAAGUACACACUGCAUUGUUAUCCGUGGAAGCUGAAACUCCUGAUUUGAUUGCCUCGUAAUCUUUAGUUUUCCAGUUUGCACUUCCUUGUCCCUGCAAGGCUGCAACACUCCAAUUUCCUCCUCUUCUUCUUUUUUUGGUUGUCCCUAUGAGAAGCUUGUAACACAACAGAGGUAGUAGUGAAACAUUUGUUUAGUUUCUCAGGCCUACACUGUAUGCUUUGGCUUAUGUCCUGACUCAUUGAUCUGUCAUUAUUUUCUGGAUUUAGGUGCUUGUUUGUGAAUGUCA